CCGCUCCUCUCCUCCGAACGGCCGAGCGACGCGCUGCGUUCGCGCGACGGAGCCGCCGGCGAGGACCCCGCGAUUGCAAAAAGCCUUGGAAAUAGUGCCUGGUCCAUAAAGCAGCCAUGGCCCGUGGUCCCAAGAAGCAUCUGAAACGAGUGGCAGCUCCAAAGCAUUGGAUGCUGGAUAAACUGACAGGGGUCUUUGCUCCUCGUCCAUCCACUGGGCCCCACAAACUUCGAGAGUGUCUUCCACUCAUCAUUUUCCUAAGAAACAGGUUGAAGUAUGCUCUGACAGGAGAUGAGGUGAAGAAGAUCUGCAUGCAGCGUUUCAUUAAGAUAGAUGGCAAAGUACGUACCGAUGUGACCUACCCUGCCGGUUUUAUGGAUGUCAUCAGCAUUGACAAAACUGGAGAAAAUUUCCGCCUGGUCUAUGACACUAAGGGACGCUUUGCUGUCCAUCGCAUCACCCCUGAGGAGGCCAAGUACAAGUUAUGCAAAGUGAGGAAGAUCUUUGUGGGCACCAAAGGGAUUCCUCACUUGGUGACGCAUGAUGCCCGCACCAUUCGCUAUCCUGAUCCCCUCAUCAAGGUGAACGACACAAUUCAGAUUGAUUUGGAGACCGGCAAGAUUACCAAUUUCAUCAAGUUUGACACUGGUAACCUGUGCAUGGUGACCGGUGGUGCUAACCUGGGAAGAAUCGGUGUGAUCACCAACAGGGAGAGACAUCCCGGUUCUUUUGAUGUGGUCCAUGUGAAAGAUGCCAAUGGCAAUAGCUUUGCCACCCGCCUCUCCAAUAUUUUUGUGAUUGGCAAAGGCAACAAUUCGUGGAUUUCUCUUCCCCGAGGAAAAGGCAUCCGCCUCACCAUUGCCGAAGAGAGAGACAAGAGACUGGCCGCCAAACAGAGCAGUGGCUGAAAUGUCUUUUGGGUUAUAUAUUGAUCUGUGAGAAGAGUUUUGUUAAAUAAAGUUAAUUCUGU